AGCAAACCUCGCUUCAUAUUAGGGAGUCUUUCUUCCAUUUCUUAUUUCUCUUCAGCAUAUUUGGAAUUCUCGUGUAAAUUUCCCACCAAACUAGCAUUUUCUUACCGAGGUUCGAACUGGAGAGAAUUCUCGUAGUUCAUGAGCUUCAAGAACUUCCAUGGGUUUCGAUUUCGAUUUCGAUUUCGCGAAGAAGUGCGUUCAAUUUCUGGUAUUUAUAAUCGGCGCCAUCGCCCUCAGUUUCAUAGUGGAGAAAUGUCGACAUGAUCUGGUUAGGGAGGAAGCUUCAUCCCAGAGUGGAAAGAUCACAGUCUUGAAUUGUUUCGACAUGGGUUCUGGAUUAGUUGCUUGUGGUGUGAAGGAGGGGGCAAAGCUCUACUUCUACAACAUCCAAACCGCUCAUGUCGAGAGAGUACAACGCAAAGCAUUCGAGACCGCCCUGGCCGACGCAGUGACGGAGGGAAUGUCUGUGAAUGAUGCAGCAAAACACGCAUGGAAAGAGGGAGUUAAGGCAGCAGAGGUGACAAAGCAACAAGGGAAACGCAUCAUAGGGCUGAUCAUCUCUUCGGGAUGGGACUUUUUUGAAGCUCUAUACUAUAGUGGUACUGUCACAGAAGAGUUCCUCAGGGGCUUGGGGACGCUCGUUGGCGCAUACUCGGGAGGCUUCAUCGGCGAGCAAGGGCUCGGGAGGCUCGGCUACCUUGUAGGAAGUCAUUUAGGUAGUUGGUGGCAUAUGAUGCUGUAGUGCAUUUCUUACC